CUCUACCCGACGUGCCUGCCUUCUAUACUGCUCUCCCCGACGUGCCAGCCUUCUAUACUGCUCUUCCCGACGUGCCGUCCUUCAAUACUGCUCUACCCGACGUGCCGGCCUUCUAUACUUCUAUACUUCUCUACCCGACGUGCCGGCCUUCUAUAGUGCUCUACCCGACGUGCCUGCCUUCUAUACUGCUCUCCCCGACGUGCCUGCCUUCUAUACUGCUCUACCCGACGGUCUAUACGUCUCUACCCGUCGUGCCGGCCUUCUAUACUGCUCUUCCCGACGUGCCGUCCUUCAAUACUGCUCUACCCGACGUGCCGGCCUUCUAUACUUCUCUUCCCGACGUGCCUGCCUUCUAUACUUCUCUCCCCGACGUGCCGGCCUUCUAUACUGCUCUUCCCGACGUGCCUGCCUUCUAUAGUUCUCUACCCGACGUGCCAGCCUUCUAUACUGCUCUACCCGACGUUCUAUACUUCUCUACCCGACGUUCUAUACUUCUCUACCCGACGAGCCGGCCUUCUAUACUGCUCUACCCGACGUUCUAUCCUUCUCUACCCGACGUGCGGGCCUUCUAUACUGCUCUUCCCGACGUGCCGGCCUUCAAUACUGCUCUACCCGACGUGCCGGCCUUCUAUACUUCUCUCCCCGCCGUGCCGGCCUUCUAUACUUCUCUGCCCGACGUGCCUGCCUUCUAUACUGCUCUCCCCGACGUUCUAUACUUCUCUACCCGACGUUCUAUACUUCUCUACCCGACGAGCCGGCCUUCUAUACUGCUCUACCCGACGUGCCUGCCUUCUAUACUGCUCUACCCGACGGUCUAUACGUCUCUACCCGUCGUGCCGGCCUUCUAUACUGCUCUUCCCGACGUGCCGUCCUUCAAUACUGCUCUACCCGACGUGCCGGCCUUCUAUACUGCUCACCCCGACGUUCAAUACUGCUCUACCCGACGUGCCUGCCUUCUAUACUUCGCUACCAGACGUGCCCGCCUUCUAUACUUCUCUACCCGACGUGCCGGCCUUCUAUAG